AUGAGAUACUCACUUCUUGCUAUCGUGGCCCUGGCUUCAUCAGUUUUGGCUCAGAGCCAGGACCCAGGCCCUUCGCCGACUGCUUCAGUUGGCUGUCAUCCCCAUGGAGAUCACUGGCACUGUGACGGACCUGCUUCCGCCGAGACCAUAGCUACAGCUACAGCGAGCCACUCGGAUCAUGACGAUCAUGAGAACGAUGAAAGCACAGCGACUCCAACGAAGCCAAGCCCUACUGAGUCGGUGGGCUGUCACCCUCAUGGCGAUCACUGGCACUGUGAAGGACCUGCUACCGCCGACGCCACAGCCACUACUACUGCAAGCCAUUCAGACCAUGCAGACCACGACCACAACCACGCGGAAGCCACGGCAACUCCCACGAAACCGAGUCCUAGCGAGUCGGUGGGAUGUCAUCCUCACAACGACCACUGGCAUUGCGAUGGGCCCCGAGAGACGAGCAAUUCGGCCGGGACCGGGAGCUCCACGAACUCCGCGAGCAGUACUGCCAAUGCAUCUUCGACUAGCUCCGUACAGGACGGGGGUUCUGGAAUGAUAGGCGUUGAGAUGUCUGUAGUGGUUGGUCUGGCGUUGGGUAUUGCCGCUUUGCAGCUUUGA